AUGGAGAGGAUUUGCGUUGUAGUUUGUGGUGUGUUGUUGUUGAUGUCAACUGCAAUGGCAUCGGUUGUAUCGGCUCAAAACCCCGAUUACAAGCUCGCGCUGAGCAAGAGCUUGUUGUUCUUCGAAGGGCAGCGAUCAGGGAAGCUUCCUCCUAACCAACGCCUGACAUGGAGGAAGGACUCGGCUCUACGCGAUGGCCAAGAGGCUGGUGUUGAUCUGACGGGCGGAUACUACGACGCCGGGGACAACGUGAAGUACAGCUUUCCGAUGGCGUUCACGGCGACGUUGUUGGCGUGGAGCAUCAUCGAGUUCGGCGACGGGAUGGCCAAGGGAGACGAGUGGAUUAAUGCUGCGGAAACUCUGAGAUGGAACACAGAUUUCUUGCUCAAGGCCACGGCCAACUUGCCCAACACCGUCUACGCCAUGGUGGGCAACCCCUACAGCGACCACGUAUGCUGGGAACGGCCCGAGGACAUGGACACCCCGCGCCCCGUGUACGCCGUCAACACCACUCACCCGGGCUCCGAGGUCGCCGGUGAGAUCGCCGCCGCGCUGGCUGCUGCCUCAAUCGCCUUCAAGACCUACGACGCUGCCUACUCCGGGCGCUUGUUGUCUAAAGCGAAGGGGGCGUUUUAUUUCGCAAACACCUACCAGGGCUCAUACAACAAUAGCAUUGGCGGCGCAGUCUGCCCAUUUUACUGUGAUUUCAGUGGCUACCAAGACGAGUUAGCUUGGGCUGCAGCAUGGUUAAAUAGAGCCACCAACAGCAGAAAAUACCAAAAACAUGUUGAUACAGCCAUUCGAAAAAUGAAGUUCAAGGCAGAAGUAACUGAGUAUUAUAACGUUGACACUGAGUUUUCAUGGGACAAUAAACAAGUAGGAAUUUACGUCCUCCUAAGCCAGGUAAUUGGUCAGUACGAAAAAGAAGCUCAAACCUUUGCAUGCGCCGUGCUACCAGAAUCCCCCACCAGGACCACCAAAUUCACACCAGGGGGUCUGCUCUUUAAGACCGAUGGGUGCAACAAUCAAUUCGUCGGUGCACUUUCUUUGCUUGCUCUUAUCUAUGCUAAACAUCUCACGCAAGCUAAUCAAAUCAUCACCUGCGGCAACACCCAAUUUCCCCCUUUGAAGCUGGUAGAAUUUGCAAAAACUCAGGCCGACUACAUCUUAGGUACCAAUCCAAUGGGAAUGUCUUACAUGGCCGGUUACGGCCCCAAGUUCCCUCAACAUGUUCAUCACAGAGGGGCCUCCCUCCCGUCCAUCAACACGCAUCCCUCUUUCAUCGCAUGCAGAGACGGUUUCUCUUACUUAAACGGACCCAAUCCUAAUAUGAAUGAGCUGACUGGAGCUAUUGUCGGAGGGCCUAACGAUGGAACAGAUUAUUUUCACGAUGACCGACGUCAAUCGGCGCUAACUGAGCCCACCACUUAUGCCAAUGCGGCGUUUGUUGGUGUGUUCGCUUACUUUCGAUCUCAUCCGCUCAAACACUCGCUAAGCAUACGAGUUCAACUUUAUUAUGUGGAUGAGGAUAAGGAUAACUCAGAUUAUGUGGAUAAAGAUAAGGCUUAA